AUGGAGUGUUCUGUCUGUCACAAUCACCUCACGCAAGAACAAGGCGUGCAUUGCCCAUCGUGCGCUCGCGCUCUCCUCUACAAUGUACGAACCGAACUCGCCAAAGUCUUACUCGAGAAGGAGGAACUCGGUCGCAAAGUUGCAGCAAUUGUGGGCCCUGAGCCGGACCCUUCCCAGCCUCUUGAUGAGGAGACUGCCGCAAUGAGAAGAGCAUGGCAAGCCCAGUGUGCCCGCAAUGAUGCACAAGAGAGCCGAGACCAGAAUGCAGAAAUGGAGCGUGCCUUGGCGCAGACGCAGAAGGAACUCGCAGAGAAGAAGGCAAAAGCGCAGGCUAUGAGAGAGCAUCUUGCUCAGAAACGAGCCAAUAUCGCUGCUGCCAAAGAGGCUCUAGCACGAGGCGACAAGAAGAAGUACGAAGAACUCCGGGAAGCCUACAACAAGCUGAAAGGUCAACACGACGCCGUUCAUGAGAAGAUCGUCGAAUCCAAAGAGGCGCUGUGUCGUAAGGCUGCCGAUCUGCUAAAAUUGCAACACACAAAGAAGAAAACCAAAGAUGGUAAGAUUAAGGAUCGAUACACCAUCGCUGGUCUCUUGCUGCCGGAUCUGAGAGACAUCAACAACAUACGCUGCACGGAACUGACUGCGGCCAUUGGAAGUGCCGCUCGUCUCGUUGUACUCUGCGCUUUCUAUCUUGGUAUCAGACUUCCGGCCGAGAUCACUCUUCCUCACCCCGACUAUCCACUUCCUACGAUCAACACACCGCUCACGUCCUAUGCCGGACAGCGCGUCUCGUUCCCUGGCAGCGGUUCUAGUCUCUCAGCACCUGGCAGUCCUACGGCAUCUCGAAUGGAUCUCAGCUCAUUCCCACGCCCCCGUCCGCUCUUCAUUGGCUCUGACAACCACGAAGAAGUUGUUGCGCAAUUGUCAAAGAAAGAGCCGCUUGCGUUCAGUUUCUUCUUGGAAGGCGUCUCGCUUCUUGCUUGGGACAUUGCUUGGCUUUCCCGCAGUCAAGGAUUCUUGGCUGGAACUGAGAGAUGGGAGAAUGUUUGUGACUUUGGUCGCAACCUGCACCAAAUGAUCCUUGGUCCACCACAGUCUCCGGCAACCUUCCGCGCCCUCACUCAGCGAGAUAUCCAAACUCGUCAACGUCGUUCUCAGAGCACAUCGUCCCCUACCCGUGAGAAUGUCACCAUCACUGGCCGUCUUGGCUCUCAGUCUCAUACGUCUGCGCACACCCACCUUGGUCGAGCAUCUGACAACCAGAUCCCUGCCUGGCGUCUGAACAAAUACACCACGAUCGUCGACCCCUUGAAGAAGCACCUACUCACGGAGAUGAACAACGCCGAGUGGGAACUCCUGACGGAGCAAGAGUGGGAUGACGGCGGAGAGAAGAUGGACGAGGCAGUGUUCAUCAAGACCCGGGCGAUGGACGGAAAGGGGUAUGACGAUGCUAGAAGCAUCAUGACCACGACGACCGCCCCCCAGGUGGCUGGUACCGGUGGAGAGGAGGGCGGUGCCCGGGGCAAGGGCAAGAGUGGCUGGACCAAGGUUAAGAGCCGUUAG